GAAGGAGGAGUACCCCUUGAACACCGAGCACACCGAGAAUAAUACCAAACACAAAAGGGCAGCAAUUAUUUAUUAAAUUUGCCAGCUAUUUCCGUGGCCUUCACAGCCCAACUCGAGCAUUUUGCCACUGCGAAAUUGCAUAGCGACGACUGCUUUUUGACCAAACCGAUUUUCGUGCCCAUUCGUCGGUGGGGAGCCGCAAACUUUUCGAAACCAAGGACGAGGAGCUAGCUUUUUGGAAAGAAUCAACAAACUUGAAGCGCGAGGUUUCGUUUGUGCAGCUCAAGUUUAAGUGCGCUGGCUAUAAUUUUCGAUCAGUCCAGAGGAGCGUAAUAUGAGUGCAGUAACAUGAGUGGCUUGGCCUCGGAAUCUUCGUCGGCCCCUUCAGCCGCCUCGAAGAGAGGUUUGGCUGCUGGUUUGCCUGACCGUGUUGCUCAUCUCUUUUAUUCUUAUGGUCUCAUCAUCGCCAGCCACCCCUACACAAUUGUGAUAUUUGCAGUCGCCAUAAUUCUUGCUUGUUGUUACCCUCUGACUAGCAUCCCAUUGCCAGGCAAUGUUCCCCAGCAAUACAGGACUUUUGUCUCUAACAACACUCACCUUAAUCAAUCGGGUAAUUUUGAUGUGCCUCCAAGAUGGUUCUCUCACUCACCUAUUUGUCACAUCCAACAAGUUGUUGUAAAAACUGCUGUCGUGCCAUGGGAUAAAGGAUUAAUCCUGACUGAUGCAUUUAGAGCUCCUUUAGAGAGAGUUUUUCAUAUCAUCGAAUUGAUACAAAACUUUCAAAACCACGCCAGUGGACAAAUGCUUGGAAAUUUGUGUCUUCACGUUGAGGAUGUGAAGGAGAAGAUUUCGGGCAAGAUAAAAUUUCCUGAAUUCAACUGUUUGGUGCUUUCGCCCGCCAAUCUUUGGCAGAACGACAGAGCCGCGUUCCAAGACGACCCCAGCAUCCUCGGCACGAUUUUCUCCCACCAGAGCCUGCAGAAGGGCAAAGUCAGCUUACCUGAGAUGCUGUUCGGAAUGAACAUGCAGGAUACCGGCAUCAAAAGCUAUCCAUUCCGCAACCGACAGAGAUUUCUCCAAUUCGCCAUCACUAUUGUCUUUCAGGACUACGACCCACACUUUAUCGAAGGCCUGAAGGAGAUGCUAGUGACAAAUUACCCCUUGCACUCGCAGAAUUUCACCUCAAACCGUCCCCAGGAAAUUUGGCACAUCUACUAUCCGGGAGAAAUUAAUUACAAAGAAUUUGUGCCUCUUCUCGUUACUUACGCAGCUCUCUUCUUGUAUGUCUACUUUUCACUGCGGAAAAUGGACUUUGUCAAAUCAAAGAUUGGCAUUGCCUUCAGCGCAGUGAUAACAGUGGCCUCGUCCUUGGCAAUGGCAGUAGGACUGUGUUUCUUCUUCGGACUGCGCCUAUCUCUCGACGGCAAAGAAGUUUUCCCCUAUGUCGUGGUUGCCGUCGGACUGGAGAACGUCUUGAUCCAGACGAAAUCUAUUUUGUCGACGCAAGCUCAUCUCGACGUCAAGAUCAGGGUGGCGCAGGGUUUGAGCAAGGAAGGCUGGAACAUCAUAAAGAAUCUCCUUUCAGAAGUCACCAUUCUCACUAUUGGACUGCUCACUUUUGUGCCCGCCAUCCAAGAGUUCUGCAUUUUCGCGGUUGUCGGACUCGUCGCUGACUUCUUUUUGCACAUGGUCUUCUACACCGCUGUUCUCUCAAUCGACAUCCGGCGUUCAGAACUGGCAGAGCCUGCUUUGAAAUCGCUGCAAAGACAGCCGUGCGAUAUGGACCUCUCCACCGGCUCUCGGCUGUCGCGCUCCAAGUCGCACCCGAGAUUGAGCUCAGCCGGUCUCUAUCCCACCAACAUCGUUGCUUUUUCGCCUCAAAACCCGCUGGCCGCUGGAAACAGCCCGUCCGUGCCCAAGAGACUGCGGAUCGUGCACUUCUGGACUAGAACACGGAUUUUCCAGCGAGCGUUCAUGAUCUGCAUGGUUGUGUGGAUCGGAAUGAUCGCUUACAACGCCCAACUUGUGCAAAAGUUGUCCGAAGUUAAUCGGAAUGGCACGGACAAAUCCACCGCUAAAUCUGGAAGCACGUCCAAACUGAAAACUAGCACUGAAGCGUCAAACGCGCAGCAGAGCAACGCGCCUACGAUGAUGAUGAACGUGUCCUCUUUCGAAAACCAACACCUGGACGACUAUCUGAAGUUGGUCCACUCUGGGGUCGCGCCAUGGCGCAUGCUCUCUACGCACCACUGGGAGUCUGUGCUGCGCAUCUACAACAUCUCCAGUGCCGGACACUAUCUCAGCAUUCUGCCACCAAUCACAAUCUCCGCAGCCGUGUCUCCGCAACAGGCGCAAAUACUUAGAAACCCCUACGAGAAAGACUUUCCUGUCCUCAGCCAGUGGCAAAAGCUCGUUGCAGCCUUAGAUCCCAUAGAUUUAAAUGGUGCCCAAGGAAACCCAGAUGCUAUCAAAGAUUCCCAGCCGUCAAUUUCCGAAGUGCCGUACGUUCCUCAAUCUCCAAUGGAACUGUUUUUCAUCGCUAUUCUCUGCAUCAUCAGCGUGCUGGUCGUUGCUUACUUUUUGAUUGUUUUGUACAGAUGCGUGUGCACAAGAAACUAUGCAGAAUGGCGCUCAAGCUGGACCAACGGUGAGUCUGUGAACGCAGACUCAAGCACGCAGGUGGUUUUCGAGACGAUGCCCAUGGUUCUGGAGGGACAUCCGCAGCAAAUUGAGUGUCUAACCACCGACGGCGCCGUGGUUGCCAGCACUUGUCUCUCUGGAGAGGUGCGUUCGUGGAAUGUCUUCAGCGGAGAGGGCAUGGCGGUUAUUAACAGGCGAAGGUUUUUCUGCGCGCCCUGGAAGCCACGUUAUGCGAGUGACCAAGACUUGGAUGACCAGCCCUACUCAGAUUACGAAUCUGGCUCCCCGCCGUCACAAGGCAGAAGGAGCAACACAAACCUGUGCAAUUUAGACGGAGAUGACUCACGGUUUGCGAACAAAGAAAACGCCAUGCAUCAAAAUCCGAGACACUCGACGGAACUGGACUGGUACCAGAUUAGGGAGCCUUCAAAUUUUAACUCAAAGACUGAAAUACCUGGAUCUAUCAAUAUCAAUUUCACUUCUUCGCGGUCGACAGAGACAGUGGCGUCAUCUCCCAGUGGCUACGACUUUGGUCGGUACCACUCUUUCGACGAAGAAAAAUCCAUGGCGUACGCCCAGCAUCCAAACGAGGCUGAGGUUGUGACGCCAGACAACGUCCAUGUCGAGCACCCGCUGUCGCCUGUGCCCGAUCCCCCUCCUAUUUGGUGCAUCGACUGUCAAUCGAACCAAAUCGUCAUUGGCUGUGCCAACGGCAGACUGGAAUUGUGGGAAGCCACAACUGGAAAGUUUAAAUGUUUGUAUGAAGAUCCAAGCAGCGUAGGAUCAACUUCUUUGAAAAUCAUCGGCAACCGCGUGGUAGUUGCCAAGUUGAAUGGUUGCAUAGAUUUUGUAGAGAUCGACAGCUAUAGAAAAGGAAAACACGAAAGCUGGGGGUUCUCUUCUUUCAGGAGAACACACAUAAGGACCGGAAGCACCGGUUCUAUGGACUGGGAAGGGUCCGUGUCUGGAAGCGUGUUGGAAGAGGUUUGCUUCCAAAAACUGGCCACGGUCAGAGCCCAUCAACAGCCCAUAACCGUCCUAGACUCUGAGGGUGCCAGGGUUUUGUCUGGCAGUCAAGAUCACACGUUAAAAGUUUACCGUCUUGAGGAUCAAUUUCCUUUGUUCACCCUUCACGGCCACUGCGGCCCCAUCACAGCACUAUUUAUUGACAAAAUCUCACCAAUGAUGUCAGGAAGCGGAAGUCAAGAUGGAAUGCUGUGCGUCUGGGAUUUGCUCACCGGUGCUUGCAUGUACAGCAUCCAAGCCCACGAUGGAAGCAUCCAAUCGUUGGCGUAUUCCGCCAGUUACGUUCUCAGUUUGGGUGUUGACGACAAGCUGUGCGUGUGGGAAAGAUUCCAAGGCCACUUGCUGAACACGAUAUCAAUUCCGCAGUCGUAUUGCUGCAGCAUGGUGAUGCUGACCCACAAUUUGCUCAUCACGAGCAAGCAAGACUCUCUGCUGGUUUGGGACGUGCGCCGAGGCGAGCCAAUCAGGGCGAUCCGCCUUGGGGUAGCGGCCACGACGGGCGUGUUUGUCCAGCACUUGAUCACCGUGCACGAUUCAGUGGUGUGUGACUAUGGGUCGCAGUUACGAGUCAUCCGUUUUCCGCUUGUUGCCACUGGCAAGUCCUCAUGACUGAUCAUUCAAGCCAAAAACACAUUGUUUAAGUUAUUUUCUCAGUUACUUUGUUACACUGUAUACUUCUGCUUUUGUAACGUUUUUUGCUAGCAGUUCAUGCUGGGUCGAAAUUUAUUGAGUAAGUUUCUCUUUGGGAUGCAUGAUAUCGAUUUUAGCAUUUUAAAAGCGGCGAUUACAAAAUUUUAUUGACGAAAUCUGAUGUAGAGGCUAUAAUGGUAACGUUUAGAAAGUAAAAUUAUUUUUUGUAUUUAAACAAUAAAAUUUUUAGAAGUAAA